AGGAUGCUGGGAGGAUGAAGAUGACGAUGACAGCAGCAGAGGAGUACACACUCACACAAGCUAACAGCUAAUGGCUAAGUGCUACAUGCAUGGACACGCAUAUAUUCAUGCAUGCUAAGAUGCUAUCUAAUCGGUGGGCAUGCUAGAGAAAGCAAGCUAGACACACAGAAAAUGCAGGGUUCCAGCUUUCCUAUUGGACGGUACAAAGGCGGUGAUCUCUGACCGACAACCAGCCGACAAGAACACGCGGGAGAACAUAGAGAUGUCUAAACGAGCUGCAGGGGUGCGGGGGAAAGGGGACAGGCCGGACACCAUGGCAUCGGUUCAAGCUGUCAAUGAGGAAUUGAGAGCCAAACUGAUGGACAUCCAGUUAGAACUUCAGCAGGAGAAGAACAAGGUCAGCCGCCUGGAGAGAGAGAAGAGUCAGGAACUAAGGACAGAACAUCACCGGGCCACCGUAGCCAUGACGGAGCUGAAGAGCAAACUCCAUGAGGAGAAGCAGAAAGAGCUAGCUGUUACCAGGGAGACGUUACUACGGCAACACGAAAUGGAGCUGAUGAGAGUUAUCAAAAUCAAAGAUGGAGAGAUUCAUCGGCUGAACGGUUUAGUCCUCACACUGAGGGAUGGCUCGAUGGAUAAGGUGAGGAGCGCCCUGCUGAUGGAGGUGGAGGAGACGAGAAAGGCCUGGGAGGCAGAGCGUUGUCGCCUCCAGCAGGAGCUUCAGGAGCAUCGCGGCGCCAAGAGGAGCGCAGAGGAAGCUCUGGGGUUAGCUCACCAGGCCUGCCAGGCCCGAGUAGCCGAGCUACGAUCGGCGCAUCACCAACACCAGGAGGAGUUGAACAGAACCAAGAGAGACUGCGAGAGGGAGAUUCGCCGACUGAUGGACGAGAUAAAACUGAAAGACAGAGCUGUUAGUGUUUUGGAUAAAGCCCUGGGGCUACAGGCUGGCCACGCCCACCGCCUUCAGCUGCAGACUCAGGCUGCUGAGCAGCAAAUCGCAGCCCUCAGAGAUGCACAAAGGGCGGGACUAAACUACCCUGGACAUGUCCCUAACUCCACCACUAACAAUCCUCCUCAUCCUUCUCAGGAGGAGCGGGACACUCGGAGAUUUCAGUUGAAAAUUGCGGAGCUCAGCGCCGUCAUCAGGAAGCUGGAGGAUCGAAACGCUCUGUUGUCGGAAGAACGCAAUGAACUGCUGAAGCGACUGAGGGAAACCGAGAGUCAGUUUCUUCCUCUGCUGGACAAAAACAAGCGUCUGAGCAGAAAGAAUGAGGAGCUGUCACUCAUGUUGUGUCGUCUUGACAACAAACUGCGCUUUGUCACCCAGGAGAACAUGGAGAUGGUAACUGUGAGGAGGCCGAGUUCGCUGAACGACUUGGACCGCAGCAGCUCCGCCAGUUACCACGGCUACAGCCAGGAGGACAGAGAAAUGGAGUUUCUACGACUUCAAGUUCUGGAGCAACAACACAUCAUAGACGACUUGUCCAAGGCUCUGGAAACAGGAGGUUACGUGAAGAACGUGAUUCAGGAAAGAGAUCUGUUGUUGCGAUACAGACGUCAAGAAUCUGUGAGGAGAAAAAGAACUUUGAGAGCCUGCAGGGUCAUAGAAACAUUUUAUGGUUACGAUGAAGACGUGUCAGUGGACUCAGACGGCUCAUCUUUGUCUUUUCACACAGACAAAACCCCUGACACGGAACCUGAAGAGGUGUGUGUCCGUGAGGAGGCGGAACUUCGGUACCGUCAGCUGACACAAGAAUAUCAAGCACUGCAGCGUGCCUAUGCUCUGCUGACUGAGACCAGCGGAGGAAACUAUGAUGCUGAGAAGGAGAUCAAGACCAGAGAACAACUGCUGGCGGAAAUCAGUCAAUAUCAAACCAGAGUCGCAGAUUUGGAGUCAGCUCUGAAACAGCAAGGACUGGACGUGAAGUGGGUGGAGGAGAAGCAGAUGUUGUAUCAGAGGAACCAGCAGCUGGUAGAAAAGAUGAGGCAGAUGGAAGCAGAGGAACUCCAUCUGAAAAACGACAUCCAGGAUGCCAGAGACCAAAAUGAACUCCUGGAGUUCAGGAUCUUAGAGCUGGAGGAGAGGGAGUGGCGAUCGCCUGGCAUCAACUUCCAGCAAGUCCACUUCCCAGACAGCCUCAGCCCUUUGCAGGUCUACUGUGAGGCGGAGGGAGUAACUGACAUUGUGAUCUGUGAUCUCAUGAAGAAGUUGGACAUCCUGGGCGAUAACGCCGUAAGUAAUCUGUCCAAUGAGGAGCAGGUGGUCGUGAUUCACGCCAGGACUGUUCUCACACUGGCAGAGAAGGUAAACACACACACACACACACACAUUCUAUUAACAUUAGGUAACAACAGUCCAAUGAUGCCACUUUCUCAGUGGUUGGGGUCCAUUGAAGUGACAAAGUCGGCACUGCAGCAGAAAAUGUUGGACAUCGAAAGUGAGAAGGAUUUGUUCAGCAAGCAGAAGGGCUACCUGGAUGAAGAGCUGGACUUUAGGAAACGCUCCAUGGAUCAGGCUCACAAGAGGAUCCUGGAGCUGGAGGCCAUGCUGUACGAGGCGCUACAACAGCAGGACGAGUUCAGAAUGGACGGGCAAAAGGUAAAAGACGAUUGUGUGAGCGACACGCUGACGGACGACCAAAGGGAGGGGCUUAGGAGAGCCAUGGACCAGUGGAAACGAGCUGUGAUGUGUGAGCUAAGAGAACGAGACGCCCAGAUCCUCAAAGAAAGGAUGGAUCUGCUGCAAGUCACGCAGCAGAGGAACAAAGAGUUGGAGGAAUUCAUCGAGUCUCAGAAACGACAAAUAAAAGAGUUGGAGGAGAAGUUUCUCUUUCUGUUUUUAUUCUUCUCUCUGGCCUUCAUCCUCUGGUCCUAACAUCAGCUGCGUCUGUCAUCCAGCAGCUGACCACUCAGCCAAUCAGAAACCAGCUGACCUCAACAUCCCAGAAGGCCGAGACCAGGUGACGAUGGUUCCCUACUGCCUUUUGUCCCAGAAUGACUGGUUUUAUGUCAAAAGUACUAUUUUACACAUCUGCGAGCAGCGAACGGAAAUAUGUUGUGGACAUUAUUUUCAAAGGUGCAAAUAAAGUGAGCGUGAACAGAA